ACUCUGACAGCACCGAGGUGCGCCGAGCAGGAGCCGGGAACAAAGGAGCCAAGUGGGGAGAGGAGUGGGUCUGGAGAGGGAAAGUCCCGGCCGUUUGCCAGAAGAUCCCGGCAGGAGGAAGCCCGAGUGUCAGUUGAAUUCCAUCCAAGGACCGGGCGCCUGGAACCCGAGCGCCUAGUUUAGCAGUAACGGUUGGAGCACCUCCUCCAAGUUACGGGAGAGUCUGCGGUGCCCACCACUCCUGGCGCGUCUGGCCCCCCUAGUCUUCCCUCCCGCGGGAAGUGGAAAUCCAGAAUGAAAGGCAAGAAAGGUGUUGUUGCAGUGUCUGGCAGUGAGACUGAGGAUGACGACAGCAUGGACAUUCCCCUGGACCUUUCCUCUUCCGCUGGCUCAGGCAAAAGAAGGAGAAGGGGCAACCUGCCCAAGGAAUCUGUUCAGAUUCUCCGGGAUUGGCUGUACGAACACCGAUACAACGCUUAUCCCUCAGAGCAAGAAAAGGCCUUGCUGUCCCAACAAACACACUUAUCUACACUACAGGUCUGUAACUGGUUCAUCAACGCCCGCCGCAGGCUCCUCCCUGACAUGCUGAGAAAGGAUGGCAAAGAUCCAAAUCAGUUCACAAUUUCCCGCCGUGGGGCCAAGAUUUCUGAAGCUAGCUCCGUGGAGUCUGCAAUGAGCAUCAAAAACUUCAUGCCAGCCCUAGAGGAGAGCCCAUUUCAUUCCUGUACAGCUGGACCAAACCCCACCCUAGGGAGGCCUCUGUCUCCUAAACCAUCGUCCCCAGGGUCAAUUUUGGCUCGACCGUCAGUGAUCUGCCAUACUACGGUGACUGCAUCCAAAGAUGUGCCUUUCCCACUCUGUCAGUCAGUAGGUGUGGGACAAAACACAGAUGUACCGCAGAUCGCAGCCAGCAACUUUACAGACACCGCUCUCAUCUACCCAGAGGACUCCUGUAAAUCUGGACCAAGUACAAACACACAAAGUGGCCUUUUCAACACUCCUCCUCCUACCCCACCAGAUCUCAACCAGGAUUUCAGUGGAUUUCAACUGCUAGUCGAUGUUGCACUCAAAAGGGCUGCAGAGAUGGAGCUUCAGGCAAAACUAAUGGCUUAACCCUUUUUUCAAGCAAAACAGUUCUCAAAAAUGUCAUGACUGCCGGGGUGAUGGCAAGAGACAAAUUGCAUUAUUUUAUAUAUAUUUUUUUUAAUUAAUAUUUGCACAUGGGAUUGCUAAAAUGAAGCUUCCUGUUACCGAGAUGUCUUUAGUGGAAUACGGUCAUUCCAAGAACUAUAAACUCAAAACUACUGCAGAAACAAAGGGUUUUCUUUUUUAAAUGUUUCUUGGUAGAUUAUUCAUAAUGUGAGAUGGUUCCCAAGAUCAUGUGAUUUUUUUUCCCCCUUCUUACUCCCCUUUUUUGGUUGGUGUUUUUUUACACUGUGCAAUACUUAGAGAACUAGCAUCUUUUCAUUCCUAUGUGGAACAGGAUGCCCACAUACUGUCUAAUUAAUAAAUUUUCCUUUUUUUUUUUCAAACAAGUAUGACUCUAGAUGAUUGAUGAUGCCUUUUUCAUGACAUAAUAAAGUAUUUUCUUUAAAAA